AAAGAAAGUAAAAGACAGAAAUGCCCCACCAUCAACAAGCUCUCCCUAUUAAUACUUGUAUAUCCCUCCCAUCUACGGAAAAAACAACCAAUCUAUCCAUCUUUGAAGCUAUAGGCUUAGAAGACAAAUAUUUAGAGGAGGGCUCUCUACGAGAGUAUCUCUGCUCCCAGCUGAAAAAACAGAGAGUAUUUUGAAACCAAAUCAUAGCUGCAGGUCAAUUAACACACCUGUGAUCAUUAAUUAAUUAUCUUGACGACCACCGGCCAGCAUCAUCAUCGAUCGAUCAUGUGUAAUCCAAACCCUUCUGUUAAUUCGUCGACCAAGACCGAGAAAGCAGCCCAUCAACAGCCACAAGGUCAUCUCUUUCUGGACCUCUUCUUCUUCUUCUUCUUCUUGUCAGAUGAGCCGCCAAAGCUAGUAGUAAAGCAACUACAACAGCCACCAUCGAGGAGCAGCAGCCCCCCAAUUUGCAUCACAGACGUAGUCAAAGAGACCAAGUCCCUGUUCAAACUGGCCUUCCCCAUACUCAUCACAGCUCUCGUUCUCUACUCCCGCUCAGCCCUCUCCAUGCUGUUCCUCGGCCGCCUCGGCGAUUUAGAACUCGCCUCGGGGUCACUAGCCAUAGCUUUUGCCAACAUCACAGGCUACUCCGUACUCUCCGGCCUAGCCUUGGGUAUGGAGCCGCUGUGUUCCCAAGCCUUCGGAGCACAACGUCCCAAGCUUCUGUCAGUCACUCUCCACCGCGCUGUAAUCUUCCUCGUAGUUUGUUCACUCCCCAUUUCGCUGCUGUGGUACAAUAUCUCGACCAUUCUUUUGUAUCUUCGCCAGGACCCCAACAUCACUAACAUGGCUCACACCUAUCUCAUGUUCUCCCUCCCUGACCUUUUCACCAACUCCCUCAUUCACCCAAUCCGCAUUUACCUUCGCGCCCAGGGCAUCACCCACCCCCUCACCCUCGCCUCCCUCGCCGGAGCGCUCUUCCAUUUCCCCAUGAAUCUUCUGCUCGUCACCAGGCUCCGCCUCGGCGUCGCCGGCGUCGCGGCCGCCUCCGCCGCCUCCAACUUCUUCGUGCUGGUCUGCCUAGUUGCGUACGUCUGGGCGACCAGCCUGCACGUGCCCACGUGGACUGCGCCGAGCCGGGAGUGCUUGACCGGCUGGAAGCCGCUGCUCCGGCUGGCCGCGCCGAGCUGCGUGUCCGUUUGCUUGGAAUGGUGGUGGUACGAGAUCAUGAUCGUCUUGUGUGGCCUCCUGGUGGACCCCAAAGCAACCGUGGCCUCGAUGGGAGUGCUUAUCCAAACGACGUCGUUGAUCUACGUGUUCCCGUCGUCUCUCGGGUUCGCCGUCUCCACCCGGGUCGGCAACGAGCUCGGGGCGAACCGGCCCAACCGGGCCAGGCUAUCCGCUGUGGUCGCCAUUCUCCUGGCCUUCCUCAUGGGCCUAUCCGCCACGACCUUCGCGUCCGGGAUGAGAUCAGGGCUGUGGGGCCGGAUGUUCACCCACGACGCGGAGAUCAUACGGCUGACGUCGGCCGCGCUUCCAAUCCUAGGGCUGUGCGAGCUCGGCAACUGCCCGCAGACGGUCGCGUGUGGUGUACUCAGGGGAAGCGCGCGUCCGACUACCGCAGCCAACGUGAACCUCAGCGCGUUCUAUCUGGUGGGGAUGCCCGUGGCGGUUGGGCUCGGGUUCUGGGUCGGAGUCGGGUUCAAUGGACUCUGGAUCGGGUUGCUGUCGGCCCAGAUUUGUUGUGCCGGGCUGAUGUUGUAUGUUGUUGGGACCACGGACUGGGAUUUCCAGGCGAAGAGGGCCCAGGGGCUAUCGUGCGCCGGGUGCGAUGUGAUAAUACCUCCUCCUUUAACUAGUAGCGGCGAUUAUUCCAAAGGUGAAGAAGAGGAGCCAUUGAUUAUCAUUACAGUGCCUUCUUCUUCUUCUUCUUCUUCUUCCUCUUCCCGAUAAUCCAAAAAUAUCAAGAUGUAAUUUUUGCCACUUGCUAUUUUUAUAUAAAUUAUUUCUCCAUCCUCGAUCGUUUUCGUUUU